AUGUCGCUCGCAUCUGGUGUCUCCGUCCACGAUGACUGCAUCGAAGCAUUCAAUGACCUGCGCAUGAGCCGCAAGGUCAAGUACGUCAUCUACAAGAUCUCCGACGACAUGAAGCAGAUUGUUGUCGACGAGAAGAGCGAGUCAGAGGACUACGAGGUCUUCCGUGAGAAGCUGGCUUCCGCCCGCGACUCUAAGGGUAACCCUGCUCCCCGUUACGCCACUUACGACGUCGAGUACGAUCUCGGUGGUGGUGAGGGCAAGCGAAGCAAGAUCAUCUUCAUCUCCUGGGUUCCCCAAGACACCCCCACUCGUCAAUCCAUGGUGUACGCCAGCACCCGUGAGGUCCUCAAGAAUGCCCUGAACGUUGCCAACUCCAUCCACGCCGACGACAAGUCCGAGAUUGAGUGGAGCGCCGUCCUCGCCGAGGCCAGCGGUGGCAAGGCUAAAUAG